AGCGAAACAUCUAAUGGUUCCUUCAAACUGAAGAAGCUAAAGUAACCGCAGUCAGUCAAGAUUGGAGAGGGGUUUGUUUAUUGUUGAAGUUGGUGUAUUUUUCAAUUUUUUUCAUUGAAAAUGGAAAUAGCAAACGCUGUGGGCACAACCCCUGGGGUGACUCGAAAUCCAAGAAUGAUGGAAGGCGUCGGUGCCAGAGUUAUCAGAGGCCCUGAUUGGAAAUGGGGAAAACAGGACGGAGGAGAGGGUCACGUUGGUACUGUGAGAAAUUUCGAAUCUCCUGAUGAGGUUGUUGUAGUCUGGGACAACGGAACGGCUGCGAAUUAUAGGUGUUCGGGGCAAUACGAUUUGAGAAUCCUCGACAGCGCUCCUACGGGGGCGAAGCAUGAAGGAACGAUGUGCGACACUUGCAGGCAGCAGCCAAUAUUCGGUAUCCGUUGGAAAUGCGCCGAAUGUGGCAACUAUGAUCUAUGCUCCGUUUGCUACCACGGAGACAAACACCAGCUCCGCCAUCGCUUUUAUCGUAUAACAACCCCAGGUAGUGAACGUGUUUACCUGGAAACUCGUCGCAAAACGAAAAAGAUCGCGAUACGUGGAAUCUUUCCCGGGGCUCGUGUAGUGCGCGGAGUUGACUGGCAGUGGGAAGAUCAAGAUGGGGGUAACGGACGUCGGGGCAAAGUACAAGAGGUUCAAGAUUGGUCAGCAGCCAGUCCCAGAUCAGCUGCUUAUAUUGUUUGGGAUAAUGGCUCCAAAAACUUGUAUCGAGUUGGAUUUGAAGGAAUGGCUGAUUUGAAAGUAGUUAACGAUGCCAAGGGCCAGAAUGUUUAUCGAGAUCACUUACCUUGCUUGGGAGAACAGGGACCUGGCAGAUCUGCACCUCCAGGGUUGAAAAUUGGAGACCAGGUGAAUGUUGACUUGGAACUAGAAAUUGUUCAAUCCCUGCAGCACGGACAUGGAGGAUGGACAGAUGGAAUGUUUGAGUGCUUGAAUAGUGUUGGAACUGUGGUCGGAAUAGACGAAGAUCAUGAUAUCGUUGUUGCUUACAGCAGUGGGAACAGGUGGACCUUCAACCCUGCUGUGCUGACAAAAGUUGCUACACCAACCAACUCUGCUGGCUUCAAUGAAACUCCACAACAGCAAUUCGCAGUUGGUGACGUCGUACAGAUUUGUUCUGAUAUGGAGCGGGUGAAAAUGCUACAGAGAGGACACGGAGACUGGGCUGACGGAAUGAGUGCU